AUUAAAGCCACAAAUGAACACACGCCACAUCCAGUCACACUCAUAUCAACACACUUGAAUAAGUGGGUGUCAGUCUAUCUUUAUUUUUAUAUCUAUCGUUAACGCUUAUUAUCUUUUUAAUAUUUGAAUCGCUUUGCCAAAGACUGAGGAAGCUUAGUCUGGGUUCGGGCAAUUUGCAGAAAACAUCAGCGAUUACUGGGGAGGACACGGAUUCAUUAUUACCCCUGGUUUGGUACACAGAUAUUUCUGUUGCAAAGUGGCUUGAACCUAUAGUAAAUACAUACAUGCAUACAUAAGAAAAUAUACAUAGAUUAGGAGAUAACAUUUUAUGCCCAGCUGAAAGCACGUGCACAUAAUAUAUAUAUCUUUAUGCAUAUACACCCUCGAUCAUUCAAUACUGUCAGAUAUAUAACUGCAGGCUUUCUAAAUGUAUUACAUAUUAAAUGACAGAGAGUUCUUUUAAACCCACCUCCACUAAACUCAUUGCCUGUCGACUUCUCCACCUCCCUCUCUCUCCCUUCACGGUUUUAACAUUCGUCAAAUAACCACACAAUAUAGACUUACAAAACAGCACUAAACACAUACAAACAUAUAUAUUCAUUCAGGCAGGCACACACAUACAGCCAUACAGUCGAAUAUCUAGCAUUACAUUAGGGCAAGCCACUCUUUACCACACCGUACCAGCAGGAUUUAACUCCGCUCUUUACAUCAACCAGCAUGUCGUUUGUGCCAAAGAGUAAAUUUCGACAUGUCUUCGGCAAAGCACUCCGUCGGGACCAAUGCUAUGAUGGUAUCCGUAUCACCAAAAGUUCCUGGGAUUCUACCUUUACUGCUGUUAACCCGAAGUUUGUGGCCAUUAUCACCGAAUCCGCCGGUGGUGGUGCGUUUCUCGUCCUUCCUUUGGCAAAGGUUGGCCGUGUUGCACAUGACUGCGCAUUGGUGACCGGCCAUCGGGCUGCAGUCCUCGAUAUUGCCUUUUGUCCACACAACGACAACAUCAUUGCAAGUGCCUCAGAAGAUUGUUCCAUCAAAAUCUGGAUGAUACCAGACGGUGGGCUUGUAACUUGUAUGACAGAAUCUGUUGUCGACCUUCUGGCUCAUCAGAGGCGAGUUGGAAUUGUUGUGUGGCAUCCUUCGGCACACAAUAUCCUUCUCAGUGCAGGCUCAGAUAACAAAAUCUUCAUCUGGAACUGUGGAACUGGGGAACCUUUGGUUGAAAUAGAGCUUCCGGAUUUGAUUUUAUCUGUCAGUUUCAAUUACAAUGGCAGUCGUGUUGCGGUCACAACAAAAGACAAAAUGAUUCGUAUUCUUGAUCCUAGAACUGGUAGCGAGAUAAAGAGUGCCAAGGGACACCAAGGUUCCAAACCAUCGCAGUGUGUUUUCUUAAGGAAUGGCAAAAUCUUUACAACUGGUUUUUCUAGAAUGAGUGAGCGACAAUAUGCCCUUUGGGAUGAGAAAGAUUUGUCCAGUCCAUUGACAAUGCAAGAAGUAGACAGUAGCAAUGGGGUUCUGUUCCCUUUUUAUGAUCCAGAUACAAACAUUGUAUAUCUAUGUGGCAAGGGUGAUUGUAGUAUAUCCUACUAUGAGAUAAUCGAGGGUUCACCAUUUGUAUAUUACCUGAGUACUUACAAGACAUCGGAACCACAGCGAGGUAUUGGCAUGAUGCCCAAACGUGGUGUCAACGUGAAUCAGUGUGAAAUUUCAAGAUUCUACAAACUUCUUAAUAAUGGCCUCUGCGAAGUUAUUCCAUUUACAGUUCCAAGAAAAUCUGAACUUUACCAAGAUGAUUUGUAUCCAGACACAGCCGAUGAAUCUCCUGCUAUUUCUGCACAUGAUUGGUUUAAUGGUAAAGAUGCUGACCCCGUGUUGGUUUCACUGAAAGAUGGCUUCAAAUCGACUGCGAAAGAACCUCUAAAGACUGUCAGACGAUCCAACAUUUUGGAUAAAAUGAAACCAGCCGGUGGAAACGAUUCUCCUCCUGCUCAGACUCCUUCCCGAGGAUCACCAACUCCAGUGGCUGCUCCAGUAGUCCAUGCCCCCAAACCAGAACCAGUUGUACAUUCUCCUGCACCGGCUCCUGCCCCUGUCAGCAAGCCUGCUCCUCCACAAAAUGAAGUGAAGCCUGCUCCUGCCCCUGCAGCAGCAGCAGCAGAACCUGUUGUUAAUCAACGACAGUCGGCCAACCUAUCAAAUACUCCCUCUAGCAAUAAUGUGCCUGCAGGUACCCCGAGUUUACCCCCUAACUUUGAUCCGAAAGUGGUGAUGGAGGAGGUGAAGAUGCUGACUGCAACCGUAGAGAAGUUGGACAAACGCAUUGAAGAACUGGAGUCGAGGCUGGCAGCUCUUGAGUGUGAUGAAGAAGAAGGAGAAGAAGAAGACGACAACAACGAUAACGAUGAAGGAGAUAAUAAGGAUAAAAAUGAUGACGAUGACAGCAAAGUUGAUGACAUGCCCAGCUAGACUGUUUGUUUUUAAUUAACUGCUAAAUGCCAUGACAAUAUAUCUAUCUAUAUAUAUAUCUAUAAUAUAUAUAUAUAUAAUAUGUAUGUAUGCAUAUAUAUAUAUAUGUGUAUAUAUAUGCACAUUUACACAUACAACCCCCAUCACCCACUAAAUGACAGGGGUAACCAAAAAAAAAAAAGAGAUAAAUGAUUCUUUUAAAUUUCUAAUUCUUUGUUUCUUCAUUGCCCCCCCCCCCUCCACCUGUUCAUUGUUACAAACUCUUCUUCUCUCACAUCACUCAAUACAAUCAGCAGUAAAACUACCCAAAUGAGAGUUGUUAGCAAGUUAAGCCACAUCUUUACCCACCCACCCACCCACCUUAGACAAAUGAGAAAAAAGACCCACCCCCCACCCAAUAUUUUUAAAAAUAAUUUAUCAAUGUCUCUCCAUCUUUCUUUCCUUCUCCCAUUAAACCACUUUUAUCUUUCUUCCUUAUUUUCUUUUAUAUGAUACACAUAGUCUUUAUACACUAUAUAUAAUAUAUACACACACACAGACUUAACCCAUUUACAUGUAUAUAUUGUAUAAAUAUGCAGCAAAGUUUCGGUCUACACUCAAGCACGUAUGUAUAUCUGGAUAUAAUACAUAAGUGUGUGUAUGUGUAUAUUAAAUGUUUAAUGUGUGUGUGUAAUACAUAUAUAUGUAUUAUUUUACAUAAAGUUGACAAAUUUGAACUAUCUUGUAUAGCAACAAGACAAGUUUCAACAUUUCAAAUUUGCAAACUUUAUUAAAUGAUUCUUUUCAAUUUUUAUAUAGUUUUUAUUUUCAUCUUUUAAGCACACACAAUUUUAGAAUAUCAUUUGAAAACAAAACAAAACCUACACAAGGGUAGACUAGAUUUUCCUUUAAUUCUUGUAAACACCUAAACAUUAUCCAGUUGCUCCUUUUCUUCUUUCUUUUUAUUCAUGAAUGCAAGGAAGUCCUCCUUCAACAAAGAACAAACCCUCAUUCUAUUCACACUUUGUUUACAAAACUUUAAGAUAUGUACUUCACUCUCUCUCAUUUAUUUCAAUGAAAUAAAUGUGUGGGAGACAUGUAAUCCCUUCAAUCUCUCUCUCUCUCUCCCUGUAUCUCUAAAUGCAUUGCACAGACUUUCAUAAAACUCUAUCAUUCGAUAUUUGAGUUGGUUUCAUUGAAAUCUUUUUGUUGAAUAAUUUAAAUUAGAUUACACUCGAAACCAUAAACCCUUCCUAGCAACACUAAGUUCUGGCUGGAAGCUUCUAAAUCGUUGCUUUACCUGCUCAAUAUAACAACCAAUUUCUAAGCUAUCUUCAAAAUGAAGGUCAUAUGUUAGGUCCAAAAUCUCGAUGAUAAUUCAUUUGGAGGGGAAUCGAUGAGAGUCGGUAGAGCAUCUCCUGAAACACUUUGCUGUGUUUAGUUCUGUUCUGACUUCAAGACUUUUCAUCAUCUUUACCUUUCAGCUUUACAAAGCCAAAGCAAUGAGUACCAGUAAUAUGCUGAGAGGCAAUUCAAUUGAUUCUAUCCUUUAUAAAUUUUGUGGCCUUGGGCCAAUAAAAGAAAUCAAUAUUUGCAUAUUUAACAACACACAGAUUAUAUAUAUAUAUACAUAUAUAACACACACAUCUGUUUAGUGUUGGAAGAGAGUACUCAAUACCAAAGUAGGGAUUAAUAACAUUUUUAUUUUUGGUAGAAUUGUUCUUUGGCUGAAGACCCUGUGUAUCUGCAGGCAAAAACUCAGAGUAAUAAGAGACGGACCUGACCAAAAUAUAUAUACACACACACAUAUAUACAAAAAUACACGUCUGUUGGUGUAAAAUAAUCUUACCUACACCCAAGACAGAGACAAUUUGAUACAUCUGCCCUCUUCACGACCAUUUUUUAAAAUAUUUUUUUUUUCUUUUGAAGAAAUAAUAAUAAAAUAUUUUGCUGGCUUUCAAAA